AGGCACCUGUACAACACCGAGGCGUGUCAGGAAACCUGAUGCCUCACCUCUGCCAAUGUGGAGGCGGAGGGAGGAGGGCCCAAAGACAUGUCCCUUCACGCUCGCAACAGCUGAAAACAGAGAAGGAAACUCGCUAGAGCCUUUUUUUACCAGCGCAGGAAGCCUCCCUGUCACGCUCUCACCUUAGAAGUCCUCGCGUACUCCACUACUCUGGGGGGGUGGCUGUCCCACACCCGUCGUGCGAUGAACAUCGCAAGGAGAAGAGGCUUUUACAGACAGGAGGUGAACAACACGCUCUGGGAGCUGCCCAGGAGAUACACAUCCCUCCACCCGCUGGGCUCCGGCGCCUACGGCUCCGUGUGUUCAGCCAUAGACAAGAAGACGGGGGAGAAAGUGGCCAUCAAGAAGCUGUGCCGCCCGUUCCAGUCAGAGAUCUUUGCCAAGAGAGCCUACAGAGAGCUGAUGCUGUUGAAGCACAUGCAGCAUGAGAAUGUUAUUGGGCUGCUUGAUGUCUUCACCUCCACUGCCUCCUACCAUGGGUUCCAGGACUUCUACCUGGUGAUGCCAUACAUGCGGACAGAUUUACAAAAGAUCAUGGGACAUGAAUUCAGUGAUGAAAAGAUCCAGUACCUGGUCUACCAAAUGCUGAAAGGGCUGAAGUAUAUUCAUUCAGCUGGCAUUGUCCACAGGGACCUGAAGCCAAGUAACCUGGCUGUGAAUGAAGACUGCCAGCUGAAGAUCUUGGAUUUUGGCUUGGCCAGACAGGCUGAUGCUGAGAUGACUGGCUACGUGGUCACACGGUGGUACAGAGCCCCAGAAGUCAUCCUGAACUGGAUGCAUUACAACCAGACAGUGGAUAUCUGGUCUAUUGGCUGUAUCAUGGCAGAAAUGCUGACUGGGAAAACACUCUUUAAAGGAAAAGACUACCUGGACCAACUGACCCAGAUCCUGAAAGUAACAGGGCAUCCAGGAGAGGACUUCUUGGAGAAGCUGGAGGACAAAGCGGCGAAGAGUUACAUCAAGUCCCUUCCUAAAAUCCCCAAGAAGGAUUUGUCUGUGCUUUUUCCUAAAGCAAAUCCUCAAGCUGUGGACCUGCUGGACAAGAUGUUGCAGCUGGAUGUGGAAAAGCGCCUUACGGCAACAGAGGCCUUGGCCCACCCCUACUUCGACCAGUUCCGAGAUAUCGAGGAGGAGACAGAGGCACAACACUCCUAUGAUGAUUCUCUGGAACAUGAAAAGCUUUCAAUAGAGGAGUGGAAAAAGCACAUUUACAAGGAGAUCCUGACCUUCAGUCCCAUUGCACGGAAGGAUUCAAAGAAGAGAAGUGGGAUGUCAUUAUAGCGAUGGGUGCAGCUGUGGAUGGGAUUCAGUUCUCCUUGAUGACACCAGAUUAAUUCCACACCGCGUUGCUGGUGGCCAACUUUUGGCCUGUGGGACCUCUCUCUCUGUGCCAACACAAGGAUGACACUGUGCUGCGGGCAUUGGACUUUGUUCUUCUAAAGGGGAAACACCCCAGACAGUUUCAACAUAAAAGACAAAUAUAUUCUUGCUGAAACUUUGAGAGAAUUUUACGUGGUGUUUCCUUUUUUUUCCCCCUGUAUUUGUCCACUUGAGAGAAGACUGGUUUCAUUCUUUCUCAUUAGUCUUUUCAAGCACAGAGUUUAGUACAUUAAUUAUUGAUGAGGUAACAAAAAAAGGUAAAAUUGACUGGGAGUCCUAAGCAAAAGGAUCAGAAAUACUGAAUUUCAGCAAAACAAGACCUUAACCAAUUUCACUCUGGCUGUGUCGUGCUUCCCUGAGCAGUCACAGUGCACCCAGUAGAGCAAGGCUGCUGGAAUGGUGUCAGCUCCAGGGCACCACGGGAUCACCCUGUGUUCAGAGCAGCUAUAAACUCAUCCUCUCAUCCUGUACACACAAUUCUGCUCAGAUGCUUCCUCUCCAAAGAGCCACUGCCUCUUUUCUUAUUUUUCCCCUGAUUAUUUCCUUCCCUGGGUUUUGAUCAGUGCUGUCUCCUCCUCACUGCCAGCAGCAAACAAAGCCUGGGAAUUAGAGGCCACUUACUACGGACUGGGAGUCCCAAGCAGCUGCACAAGUUACUAUGAAUAUGGAUCUGCAGGACAUUUUCCAGCCUGUGCUGAAACUGGAGUAUCUGCAGAUCCACAGCUUACCAGUACAGUCACUUGAUAGUGCAGGCACAGCUGCUCGUUGUGAUAACACCUUUGGACUGCAACACCUUCCCUAGGGUGAUCAGGCAAAUUCAGCCAAUCAUUCCAAAGUCCAUCCCAAGGGAUAUGUGCCAAGAGCCAAGGGCCUUCUCCAUAUCAGAGCUCAUAGCACAGAGUGCCCAGGACUGGAGAAAAGUAUUGAGAAGGUAUAUGACCUCAGUAAUACAUACAGAAUUCUCAACUCCCCCCCUCUUCUAUAGCUGCUGACUUGGUUUGGUUUGGUUUAGCCAGGCUGUUUGUUUUCAGUACUCUCUAAUUUUCUUCUUAAGUAAUGUUCCCUUUUGCUGUACAGACCACAAGUAAAGAAAAACCGCAACAUUUCCAGAAUUUUCUGAUCUCUUUUCUCUACUGGUAACUGGGCAGUGAUGUCAUGUUGCUUGGCUGCCUCCCUGUUGCAGCUCCUGGCAUGCAGCACUGGGGAUAACCCUGCAGUGACUGCAGCUUUUUGAUAGGAUGGUGUUGAUGUUUGCCUGCUGUAGCUGCACAGCUGGUCCAUGAUGAUAAGAUAAGGUUUCUCUUGGCUUGUAUCUGUCUGGGUCAUGUAUAAGGCCUUUGCUUCACUCCUCUCUUAGGUAGGGGCAGUGGGCACAGAGCUGUUGUGAUGUGUCCUCAAUUCCCUGGAAAUUAAAUGUUUUCUUAUGCAGCACUCUGUUGGAAAGAAUGCUAGGGAGAAGCAGUAAUGUUCUACUGACUCUGUCCUGAAAAACACAGCUUGGUGAGAUUUAGGCUUCAUCCUUUCCUCUUGCUAAGGAACAACAUUUAUCUUCCUUGAAUGGCAGAAGGCAGUUCUAGCUGCAUCUGUCAAACUGCAGCUGGAAUACUGGGCUUUUGAAUCUGACCUGGCUGCCAUGUGCAUAAUCUUGAACAGAGGCUGGAGAGAAGCCCUCUGCAGCUGCCAUUGACAUCUCAGAGAGCUGCAGAUGUUUAGAGCUGCCUGUGCCAGGGUAAAAUGAGGCUUGGUGCUUUGCAGCAGAGGGUCACUGUUCAGCUGAAAGAAACAAGACGAUUGAAUGAAGACCAGAAUAGCCACUAGUAAUUUGCUUUCUCCCCAAAAAGGAUGGACACUUGCUGCACUAAUUGUACUUAUCAUUAAAUCAUUCAGGUUGGAAAAGGUCAUUAAGAUCAUGGAGUCCAAAUCUACACUGGACACAUCAGUUUCCAGGUGAAUGUAGUUUAGGGGAUGUUUUGCCUGAUUUCUCUUUACAAGGCCAUUUUCUGAGCCCAUGAGCUUACACAGCUUUUAAUGAUGAUGUUCAGCUGGUGCUGGCUCACAGCUGAUUCAGUCAGCUCUCCUUUUUUGCUGGAAUGCACUCCAUUAAAUAAUACUGAAGGGUUAGUAUAUUUGCAACCCUCAUUGAUUUGCUGUUACAUGAAAGUGAGUUAAUUUCUUUUAGCCAAGUUUGGCUGUAAAAAUAAAUAUCCUCCUGCCAUAAACCAUUAUUUCAGAUCUGUCUUCAGAACACUUCAACAGAAAAAAUUGUUUUAAAAUUAGAGAACAUUGAAAUUUAAAAUAAGAACCACUGAGGAGGUAGGGCUGGGUGCUUGUGUGACCUCUCUGAUGUGAGUGAGGCUGAAGAGGGUUAUAAAUAUAUGUAUAAAAUUCCAGUGAAAAUACAUGGCAACUGAGGCUUAUCACUUUUGAGAUAUCAAAUGCACAAAGGACCUGUUUAGCAAUUGCUCUAAUUUUGGCAAUUCUGAAAACAGCAGCAGAACAAACAGCCAAAAAGAGAUACAAAUAUAAGUCAGUUUUGAGGCUUCAUAAAUCAACAAAGAAAAAGGUCAGCUCUCAAUUAUAAAUUAUACUUCUCUUCCCUUUUAAAGUAUGUAUUAUAUACUUGAAUAAACAUGAAGAAAAUUGUAAUAUGAAUGAAGGUGCCCAACUCUGUUUGAGGUGUCCUGGCUGUUGCUUUCAUUUGAAGCAACUAAUUUUGCACUUGCACCCUUUAAAAACUGGGACAGCAAAUAAAUUGAAUUAUGCUGUGCCUCUGGGAUUUGUGAGAAGUUCAGAUCUUUUUUUCAAAUAACACGUUAGUUCCACGGCUUUGAUAUAAAAUGAAAUGAUGUAUAACUUGUUUUGAUGUUGUAACACAUGGCCCUCAGUCAUCAGAGACGUCUGGACAUCUCUGUGCACAAGUCAUCCCAGUGUUCUUAAUAGUGAACCUAAUGUAAUUAUAAUAAGCUAAUUCCAGUGCAAAUUUAAGAGUAUAAAGUUUCAAAACUGAGGUCAAAAAUUAAAGAGUUUGCAAAAGUUGGUCAUAUUAAAAACUAAUUUAAACAAUCAAGUAAAACACAGUUAAAAUUCCACAUAAAGAAGAAAAAUCACAGAAUGUCCUGGGCUGGAAGGGAUUUAACAUCUGUUUGCAGUCUCCUGCCGUGGGACACCUUUCACUAGAGCAGGUUACUCCAUCCAACAGCUCCCCUGGACAACCUGCUCCAGUGCCUCACCAGCAUCACAGGGAAGAAUUUUUUUCCUAUUACUCAAUCUAAACCUCCUCUCUUAGUUUGAAACCAUUCCCCCUUGCCCUGUCCCUCCAUGCUCCUGUAAAAAGUCUCUCUUCAUCCUUACUGGAGGCUCCUUUCAGGUACUGAAGGGCUGCAAUUAGGUAACCCCAAAGCUUCUCUUUUCCAGGCUGAAGAAACCCAGUUCUCUCAGCCUUUGAAGAUUCUCAUCAAUUAUUGAAAUUAUUUUAUUUACUGUUUAACCAGGAAGCAAAUGCAGCUAUAGGUUGUUUUAGGGUUUGUUUUAUCCUUUGUGGCUAGGACCAUACCAUUAUACAGCUGUUCUUUUGAGGGUGAGAUCCUUUGUAAAUCAGUGAGUGUAUUGGGACUUUAUUUCUAAAUCCUUGAUAUGUUAUUUUUCAUUAAAAAAAAAAAAAAAAAAGGGCUAGUUUAUUAUUUAUUUUCAAGUUUCGGUAUGUAAAUAGUAGACCUUUAAAAAAUACACACCGUAUAUACAAAGUAAAUACUUCAAAGGGAUACGUAAAGACUGUUCAGCAGUAAGUCACAUCUUUCUCUUUGCUUUUCAAGCUGCAACAGCUCUGGUCCAACCUGAGUACUUUGCAAAACAGACUGUCACAGACUAGCUGCUCUUGGAUUCCAUGGUUAACAUACGUUAAGAGACAAAAGAUCUCCAGUUGGACUGUAAAUGAGGGAAAACAACAUUCUUUGCUUCCUUCUAAAACAGUUAAUUCUAUAAAUUCAGAUGGUGAUAUUAUGCAAUACUCUGCGCAGAGUGGGAGGUGGAACGCACAUAUGCUCAAGUAUGUGGCACGCUCUAUAAAAAGUAAGUGUGGGAGCCUCUGCAAUUCCUAUCUAAAUUCUUAUCUCAGUUGCUAACUUAACUUCUUCCUUGUUCAAUCCCCUCAGUCCCUCUCUCGAUUGUCCCUCCAGCCUGUCACACCUCUGCAUGUGAAAAGGCCAUCUGAAAUAUAAGUCUACAAAAUAAAUAUGGGCUCUCGCUAUUUA